UGUCGACGUGGACGGAGCAGCAGAGGAGACCAGGUGAAGACUCGGCUUCACAGAUCCCACCUGGACAGAAAUGUUGGCGUCAGGUUAGAGGAGACUCAGCUUCAGAUUCAAAGAUGGUGGGUGUUUGUGGUUCAUGUCUCUGAAUGACUGAAGUCCAGAAGAUGGAUGAUUGUGUGAAGAAAGAGGAGGAGAGACCAGAGUCUCCAGGAUCCAUCUGUCUGUCUAUGAAGAGUGACCAGUCCAAAGAUGAACCUCUAAAGUUCAGUAAAGAACCUGGACCCUCAGACACAAAAGGUCGGUACCGCAGUCAGAGACCAGAGUCUCCAGGAUCCAGCUGUUUGUCUAUGAAGAGUGACUGGUCCAAAGAUCAACCUCCAUUAUUCAGUAAAGAACCUGGACCCUCAGACACAAAAGGGAGGAAGAGGAGAGGAGUUGGUGUGGAGGAGCAGCCGUCCUGCUGUCCUUUGUGUCAGGACGUCCUGAAGGAUCCAGUCUCCAGCAGCUGUGGACACUGGUUCUGCAGACGCUGCAAGAGCUCAUACUGGGACCAGUCUGCUCCACCAGGACCGUCCUCCUGUCCCCAGUGUGGAAAAAGAUCCAGAACCAGAGCUGGACUGCAGACAGCCAGUCAGAGCAGAACUGUACCAGCAGAUGCUGGUCUGCAGGAGGUCCUAGAUGAACACAAGACCAGUCUGAGGAGGAGAUGUGAACAUGUGACUGAAGGAACUGAUGAACCAGGAAGUAGAACCCCCCUCAACAGGAUCUACACGGAGCUCUUCAUCACAGAGGGACUGAGUGAAGAGGUUGAUACCCAACAUGAGGUGAGGCAGCUGGAGACAGCUUCCAGGAUGAAGAGCCUCCAUGACGCUCCAAUCAGGUGCCAGGACAUCUUUAAAGCCUUACCUGACCAACGUGGAGCCAUCAGAGUGGUUCUGACCAACGGCGUCGCUGGCGCUGGGAAAACCUUCUCGGUUCAGAAGUUCUCUCUGGACUGGGCCGAGGGCUCGGAGAACCAAGACGUCACCGUGGUGAUUCUGCUCUCGUUCAGGGAGCUGCACCUGAUCGGAGAUGAGCAGCUCAGUCUUCUCAGGCUGAUCCAGGUUUUCCAUCCAUCGUUACAGAAGCUCACAGCAGAGCAGCUGGCUGCCGGGAAACCGUUGUUCAUCUUUGACGGCCUGGAUGAAAGCAGACGUUCCCUGGACUUCAACAACGGUCCGGUCGUGUCUGACGUCACACAGAGCUCAUCGGUCAACGUGCUGCUGACCAACCUCAUCCAGGGGAACCUGCUUCCCUCAGCUCUCAUCUGGAUCACCUCCAGACCUGCAGCAGCCAGUCAGAUCCCUCACAAACACGUGGACAGGGUGACAGAAGUACGAGGCUUCACCGACGGCCAGAAGGAGGAAUACUUCAGGAGGAGGUUCAGGGAUGAAGAGCGGUCCAGCAGCAUCGUCUCCCACAUGAAGACAUCCAGAACCCUCCACAUCAUGUGUAAACUCCCGGUCUUCUGCUGGAUCACUGCUACAGUUCUGGACCACAUGUUGACCACAGAGCAGAGAGGAGAGCUGCCCAAGACCCUGACUGACAUGUUCUCCCACUUCCUGCUGGUCCAGACGAAGAGGAAGAAGAACAAGUACCAGGAGGGACAUGAGACGAGUCCACAGGAGCUGACGGAGGCUGACAGGGACCUUCUUCUGAAGCUGGGGAGGCUGGCGUUUGAACAUCUGGAGAAAGGAAACAUCAUGUUCUACCAAGAAGACCUGGAGCAGUGUGGUCUUGAUGUCCCAGAGGCCUCGGUGUACUCAGGAGUUUGUACCCAGAUCUUCAGGAGAGAGUGUGAGGUCUUCCAGAAACCCGUCUACUGCUUUGUUCAUCUGAGCAUCCAGGAGUUCCUGGCUGCAGUCUACGUGCUCCACUGUUGGUCCACCAGAAACACAGAUGUGCUGGAGAACUUCCUGGGAGAACACUCAUUCCUUGGAGGAAACAGAUGCUCAUCUCUGGAUGACUUCCUGUAUAGAGUCAUGCUGAAAUCCCUGGAGAGUAAAAAUGGCCACCUGGACCUGUUUGUCCGCUUCCUUCAUGGUCUUUCUGUGGAGUCCAACCAGAGACUGUUAGGAGGUCUGCUGAACCAGACGGAGAACGAUCCAGAAACCAUCCAGAGAGUCAUCAACAACCUGAAGGAGAUGAACACUGAUGAUAUCUCUCCUGACAGAAGCAUCAACAUCUUCCAGUGUCUGAUGGAGAUGAACGACCUCUCAGUUCAUCAGCAGAUCCAAGAGUUCCUGAAGUCAGAGAACAGAUCAGAGCAGGAACUCUCUGAGAUCCAGUGUUCAGCUCUGGCUUACAUGCUGCAGAUGUCGGAGGAGGUUCUGGAUGAGUUGGACCUGAACAAGUACAAGACAACAACAUGGAGGGGUCGACUGAGACUGAUUCCAGCUGUGAGGAACUGCAGAAAGGCUCGAUUUGUUGGUUGUGGACUCUCAGAGACUCACUAUGAAGUUGUUGCGUCCGCUCUGAAGUCCGACCCCUCCCAUCUGACAGAACUGGACCUGAGUCAGAACCGGAACCUGCCGGGUUCAGGAGUGAAGAUUCUGUCUGGUGGACUGGAGAGUCCAAACUGUAGACUGGAGACUCUGAGAUUACAGGACUGCGGUAUGUCAAAGAUCAGCUGUUCUUCUCUGGGCUCAGCUCUGAAGUCCAACCCCUCCCAUCUGGAACAUCUGGACCUGAGUCUGAACAACCUGCAGGAUUCGGGAGUUAAACAUCUGUGUGGUUUCCUGGAGAGUCCAGACUGCAGACUGGAGACUCUGAGAUUGCAGGACUGCGGUCUGUCAAAGAUCAGCUGUUCUUCUCUGGUCUCAGCUCUGAAGUCCAACCCCUCCCAUCUAGAACAUCUGGACCUGAGUCUGAACAAGCUCCAGGAUUCAGGAGUGAAACAUCUGUGUGGUUUUCUGGAGAGUCCAGACUGCAGACUGGAGAAUCUGAGGUUGGAGGGCUGCUGGUUGUCAGAGAUCAGCUGUUCUUCUCUGGUCUCAGCUCUGAAGUCCAACCCCUCCCACCUGAAACAUCUGGACCUGAGCUGGAACCAACUGCAGGAUUCAGGAGUGAAACAUCUGUGUGGUUUCCUGGAGAGUCCAGACUGCAGACUGGAGACUCUGAGCUUGCAGUGCUGCGGUCUGUCAGGGAUCAGCUGUUCUUCUCUGGUCUCAGCUCUGAAGUCCAACCCCUCCCAUCUGAAACAUCUGGACCUGAGAUUCAACAACAAGCUGCAGGCUGCAGAUGUGGAGCAGCUGUCUGGUCUGGUGGAGAGUCCAGACUACCAGCUGCAGACUCUCAGGUGGGAGCGCUGCAGUUUGUCAGAGAUCAGAUGUGAUGAUCUGGUCUCAGCUCUGGAGUCCAACCCGUCUGAUCUGGAACAUCUGGACCUGAGUGAGAAGGAGCUGCAGGAUUCAGAUGUGAAGCAGCUGUGUGGUUUCCUGGAUGGUCCAGACUGCAGACUGGAGACUCUGAGCAAAGGACGAGGGGCUUCAGGAGGAGCCAUCAGCUGUCUCCUGGGCUGGUCCUCAUAUAGGGAGAGUGUCACAAAGCAGCUCUCCCACCGGCUGCUGGAGGCGACUGCUUCUGCUUAUACGAGUCAGGGUUUGCAGCCGCCUGUGGGCUUGCGUGCCCACUGGACUCGGAGCCUGGCGGCAUCCUGGUUCUGAUUCAGGGGAGUUUCUGUCCGGGACAUCUGUGCUGCGGCGAGUCUCACUUUAGUCCGUUUCUCUAUGCUGGACGUCUCCGCUCCUUCACGUACGCUUCUGUUGUCCUGAUGUCGUCCACACGGGAUAUCUAAGGUUGGAGAGCUGCGGUCUGUCAGGGAUCAGCUGUUCUUCUCUGGUCUCAGCUCUGAAGUCCAACCCCUCCCAUCUGAAACAUCUGGACCUGAGUUUCCACUACAACCUGCAG